CGUUCGGGACUCUCAUCAUGACAAUCGGAACCAGAAAUUCGCGGUUCGGUUCCUCAGUCAAGUGUCUCCGACCCACUCUUACAUGCGUCUGAGGGUACCGUGGAGGUGUGCAGCAAACCGAGCCUGCGUGGGACCAUGUUGACCCAGCGAAAGAGGAAGCGGACUGUAGAGGAUUUUAACCAGUUCUGCACCUUUGUGUUGGCCUACGCUGGUUACAUCCCCUACCCGAAUGAGGUGUGUUGGAGUUCUGCUUCUGGGCCCUGCCUUCCUGGCCCAAACUCGCACUCUGUCUCUGACCCCGCUCUGUCCAAGGCCAAAAACAAGUCAGAGAAGAAACUGACCAAUCAGACAGCACUAAAGUCCAAAGCACCACCUGCACCAGGAAGUAUCAGUAAGGUGAAAUCUCCCAGCAAGGCAAAGGGGUCCAAGCUGAUGGCAGCAGAGUCGAGUGGAGAGAGAGCGGUCCUCCAGAAAGAGGCAAGCAUCCAGCUCCCCGGUGAUGACAUCACUCCACAGACAGGAAGUAGCAGCCAGGGACAGGAAGUAAAGGCAGAACAGGUGGAUAUCUGUGUGAUGCAGACAGGUGGAGGAGAGGAAGACAUGCAGCAGAAGAGGAAGACUGAGCCAGAGGACGAAGGGAGGACACUGGAGCAGGAGGAGGUGGAGGGAGGUGACAGGAGCUGGGAGGAGAAGGAGGCUGAUGAAAUCUCGUGUGAAGUGAUGGAGAAGGAGGCUGGUUACUGUAGUGACCUGGAAGAGGCAGCCAGUGACACACAUCCUGCUGGCCAGCGGGGGCUUCGGCUCGGCAAGACAGGAGUGGAGGAGACGCCGUCUGACCACAGGAAACAGGAAGAUGAGGACGACUCCUGGGAUCUGGUCACCUGUUUCUGUCUGAAACCGUUCGCCGGUCGUCCGAUGAUCGAGUGCAGCGAGUGUCGGACCUGGGUUCAUCUGUCCUGCGCCAAAAUCCGGCGGAGUCACGUCCCAGACGUCUUUGUGUGCCAGCCCUGCCGCGACGCCAAGCAGAGCAUCCGCCGAUCCAACCGCCCCCGUGUCCCCGCCAGGAGGCGCUUCAGUGACUAG